AUGAGUCUGGGAGUAAGUUGGAGACAAGUCUACAUUGUCACAAUAAUCCUACGGUUCAUCUUAGGAAUAUCGGACUCGUAUAUCCACCCAGAUGAACAUUUUCAGAAUUUUGAGGUAUUAGCUUCCAAGUUUUUCGGCUUUUCAACAACCAUUCCCUGGGAGUUUGAAUCAGAUCUUCCUGCCAGAAGUUUUGGCCCAUUAUAUUUAUUCUAUGGUCCUUUAUUUGCAUUUAUAAAGUUCUUCGGUGUGAAAGUAACUCCAAAAGCUGUAUGGUAUAUGGCUAGACUCCAAUUGAUUUUCGUCAAUUGGCUAGUAACUGAUAUGUGUUUGUACAGAUUGUUACCAACCAAACCUGAACGCGUCAAAGCGGUCUUUUUCACCCUGACAUCCUACAUAACACUCGUCUUACAAUCACAUUGUUUCUCCAAUAGUUUAGAGACUCCUUUAGUUCUCAUCAGCCUUUUGAUAAUCAGCGAUUUGAGAUUUGACUCGGAGGUUAGAGAUGUAACGGUAUGUCUGUACGAUAAGCUUUUCUAUUUCGGAAUUGCUAUUGCUAUUGGUAUAUUCAACAGGGUGACUUUCCCAGCAUUUUUGGUGAUACCUUCCUACUUCUUGCUCAAAUACAUCUGGAAAUUUAAAAUAGGAUUGUUGGUAGGUAUUUUGGGUUUUAUGAUUCCUACCACACUUUUCAUUUUCAUUGAUACCUAUGAGUUCAAGCAUAUAGUGCUAGUAUCCUCACCCAGGGAGUUGGUGAUAACCCCAUUGAAUAACUUGAUAUAUAACUCAAGCUAUAAAAACUUGGCAUUACAUGGCAUUCAUCCAUUUUACACCCAUGUCUUAAUAAAUCUUCCCCAGGUUUUUGGACCACUUUUAUGUGUGCUCUUUUAUAAGGGUAGAAAUAAUUACUACAGAACGGUACCAUUUCUAUCUUUUGUUAGUGGUUUGACGAUCCUUUCGUUUGUGCCACACCAGGAGUUGCGGUUUCUUAUGCCCUUAUUACCAAUUGCUAGCUGCUGUAUUGAUUUCAGCAGAAUAAUGGGUGUGGACACCGAAAGUGAAGAGAUUAAAGAAAAGAUUAUUUCGAACGAGAAUAACCUUAAGCCAGAUAAGGUGUUGACUAGGUCUUCCAAUUUUGCCACUAGUAUUAUUGUUUUAUGGUACUUGUUUAACAUAGUAAUGUGCUUAUUAAUGGGAAUUUUACACCAAGGUGGUGUCAUUCCAGCACUUGACUAUUCUCAUGCGAAUUUGGUACUUCAAAAUGAGAAGUUUGUACAAAUAUGGUGGAGAACUUAUUCACCACCAACUUGGCUUCUCGGAAGCCCCAAAUACUCCACCAUAAUGGUCACCUUGGAACAAUUUAACACAAGUCUUUUGAAGAAAUAUGAUAAUUUAAUUAUUGAUGCAAUGGGAAGUGACCAGAAAGACAUAUAUGAUAUCAUAAAGGGGGUUCAAAGCACCAACAAAAAGCUCAUGUUGGUAGCACCAGUUGCUUCGAUCAACUGCGAUUUCGAAUCAUCUUCGUUGCAAAUGAUUUGGAAAUACUCUUAUCACUUAGACUUGGACCAUUUGAACUUUGAAUCACUAGAGUGCUUGGCCCCAGGGUUAGGAAUCUACGAAAUUAUUUAA